GUCGCUUCCUUGCGCCAACGGCUCAAUCAACUCUUGCACGUGGUCCAUGUUUCACGCGAGCAUUGUUACCACCACCAAGGUGCCCUUAUUCGUCAUCCGCUUGCUGUUACACAGGCCAGACCAUAUCUGACUGGGUCGUCCAUCCGCUGGACUGCAUCUUUAGACUCAAGGGUGCUAGCGAGACGAGCGCCUGCUCAAAUCCAACUACAAAAUGGCCGACCCGGCACCAACCGCCGCGACAGGCCCGGCGCCAGCAACACAACCGGCACUCGUGGCAGAGCUGCCGUCCAGGCCAGCGGCGGCGAAAAAAGCCCGGCUGCCGCAGGGCGCCAAGAUGAUCAGCCGCAGCCUCAACACGGCGCGGAACCGGCCGCCAGCCAACGCGACCCGCGAGGACCCGCACCUCGCGCCCAAGCGGCGCAUCGAGAUCCGGCGCGGCACCCCGCUCGUCUCUGUCCUCAAGCGCGUCCAGAAGCUGCUGGACAAGAGCCCGCGCGGCGUUCUCUCCCAGAGCCUGCACGAUGCGCCGUCGACAGGGGCCGCUGGCGGCAAGAGGAGAGGCGGCAGGGGUGGUAGUGGUCACGUGAGUCGCGGCGGUGGCAAGGACAGGGAAGACGACGACGGCAUAGCGGCCGGGGACGAGCGGUUCGACGUGCUUGUCGUCGGCACGGGCGGUCAGAACAUUGAGAAGGCCCUCAAGACGGCCGCCGUGUUCCAGCGCCGCGGCGACUGUGUCGUCCGGCUCUACACCAACACCGUGAGCGGCGUUGAUACGUACGAGUGCGACGAGGAGAGGAGCGACGACGAUGACGACGACGGGAGUGAUGGCGGCGCGCGGACAGGGGGCGCCGACACUGCCAUGUCAAGGGUUGUGGCAGCCACUGUUCCUCCCACGGGGCAUGAGAGGUGUGCUGGGAGGACGGUGAGCAAAGUUGUGAAGCAAAGGCCAAGAAAGGCGAGCUCUCUUGAGAUCGGGAUCCGUCUCAGGUAAUGACGCCGGGAAUAGCGAAGCAAUGUCAGACCCGAAAUGAUACCCCAUGAGGAUGCGUUAUCACAAGUGUCCCUUGCGCCUCGAGAGUGGGGCUUCCACUAACAACGUUUUUUUUGUGCCAACUACAAAACAAAGGUACAUUCAGUGAAUCAGCAUUCUCGACUUCGCGGCUCUGUGAUCCAAUGGUGCCGCCUCCAUUUCCCGAGGAGAAAGAGGAACGAAUAAGGUUAGCUUGGCGUCACUAAAGGCCCGAGAUAAAAUAAAACCAACUACGCGCUGCA